AUGAUGUCCGGGCCGAGGCUGCAGGGCUGCCGCUCCCUCCACCUGAACGAGGACAACGGCCGCUUCCUGCUCCUGGCGCUGCUCAUCGUGUCCUACCUGCUGUGCGGCGCCGCCGUCUUCUCCGCCAUCGAGAGGCCCUCGGAGCUGCGGGCCCACGGCCGCUGGGACGGGACCCUGCUGAACUUCAGCCAGAGCUUCAACAUCAGCCUGCGGGAGCUCAACGCCUUCCUGCGGGAGUACGAGGCGGCCAUCGCCGCCGGCAUCCGGGCCGACACGCUGAGGCCGCGAUGGGAUUUUACCGGGGCUUUCUAUUUUGUUGGGACUGUGGUGUCCACUAUAGGUUUUGGAAUGACCACUCCCGUAACGGUGGCAGGAAAAGUGUUCCUCAUCUUCUACGGGCUCCUUGGCUGUGCCGCCACCAUUCUCUUCUUUAACCUCUUCCUUGAGCGCAUCAUCACCCUGCUGGCCGUGGUGAUGAAGGCCGUGAGGGAACGGCGAAUAAGGAACAGCGGCAUCCUCCCACCAGGCAUCCGCCACGACUUCUCGGCCUACAGCUUCCCAGGCUGGAAGCCCUCAGUGUACCAUGUCAUGCUGAUCCUGGGACUGUCGGCCAUCACCAUCUCCUGCUGUGCCUCCGCCAUGUACACACCUGUGGAGGGCUGGGCCUACCUGGACUCCCUUUACUUCUGCUUCGUCACCUUCAGCACCAUUGGCUUUGGAGACUAUGUGAGCAGCCAGAAUGCCACGUACGAGUACCAGAGCCUCUACCGGCUGGCCAACUUCCUGUUCAUGCUGAUGGGCGUGUGCUGCAUCUACUCACUCUUCAACGUCAUCUCCAUUGUCAUCAAGCAGGUGCUCAACUGGAUGCUGGAGAGGAUGAGCUGCCUGUUCUGUCAGCGCUGCAAUAAGGCCAAUAACUUCCUGGGCCGGCGCAACGCCAUCCGCCCAGGCUCCAAGACUCGCAAGGGUCGAUUCGGGAGGCCGCCUGACUCAGACGGGCCUUGUGAUAGCGACACUGAGGGACGGAGGCUAUCGGGGGAGAUGAUCUCCAUGAAAGAACUCACCGCCUCCAACAAGGUGUCCCUGGCCAUCAUGCAGAAGCAACUGUCUGAGUCUGCGAAUGGAUAUCCCAGGACGGUAUGCGGCAGCUCGCGCCACAACGGUUUCUCCGGGGGGGUCGGUGCCCUCGGUAUAAUGAACAACAGGCUGGCAGAGACCAGUAAUUCCAGGUAG